UGAUUGCAACUACAACUAAAACGUCAGAUUGUGAUAGAGAGCGAUAUAACAAUUCGGAGGUUUUACCUAAUAAAAUGUACUGACUCAAGAUAAGGGACAAAAUAAAAGCGGACGAAGUGUAUCCCAUAGAGGUAUCUUAAUAAUAUGGCUAUGCUCACUCGUGCUGGGCCGGCUUCACCUCGAAAGUUGGCACUGCAGCGUUUUCAAAAUUGCAUUUCAUUUUUGUGGCCAGCACUUAAUAGUGGAGUCCAAAGAAAAUCGACGCAAAUAGAUGCCAUUGAUUGUUUUACUAACGAACUAGUCGAGCGCAAAACCAAAAAAUGGGAAGAACUGCGAGGCAACUUUUUGAAAAAGUCAGAAGCUGACCCCUUAACUAACUCCACCAGGACCAUAACUGACAAUAGUGUUCCUAGCACAAGCAGUUUCUCGCAGAAUUUUGGUCUAAUGUCCAAAGCCGUUCUCAAUGACCUGCAUGCACUUCGUUCGCCAGAAUUAGGUUUGGAUAUACGCUCACUAUCGCAAGCUCAACUAGAUAAUUUGCUAACAUCCACCUUGGAAAUUAAGAAUAAAGUGGAUUUUUUGUACUUGAUCCGUCAGUGUAUACAGUGGCAGCAACUUCCCUCAAAUGAUGUUCUCAUUGCUUGUCUGAAAUAUUUAAGCAGUUUAUCUCGUAUCCAACAGAUAGAAUCGUUUGCCGAAAUCUGCAAGAAAAUUAAUCACCCCUUAUCUGAAACGUACGUGGACUUGGCACCAUUUAAGGCCAUGGCACAAUGGCGGAGCGGCAAAGCUGAUUUGGCAAUAACAACGUUGUUCGAAGGUUACGAAGUUAGCAAUUCUAGUGAGGGUAAAAGAAUGAUUCGUGCCGCCUUUCGAACUAUUGCGGAGGAGACCUUAGCCAAGAAGAGUGAAGCGGUGUUAGUUUGUCUUAUGGAAGUGGCACGGUCGCUUUAUGAAAAACAUAAGGACAUCUUUGUCUUGGCUUGCGUAUGGAAACAGUGUUUUAUCAGUGAUUGGUUUUGUGAUCAGAAAUCGGCUUCUGAUUUGCUAUCUCACUACGAUGAAUUGCAGCAAUUGGUAGCUAAGAGGUCUAUAACGCUAUGUAGUUCCUUUUUAAGUCGAAAUAAUGUGGAUGCUGUACAUCGCUUAAUCGAGGUAUUUCUGCAAUACAACGAGAGAGACGCUUGCUCCAACUGUCUUAGCUUGCUCUUUACCUAUCAAUAUAACCGCAAGGACCUUCGUGCUUGUGCAGAAAUUAUUAAAUCCUGUAGUGAGUUAGUAAUGCCCUUGUCCGAGACACAAAACGAGCAGUUUCUCAGCUUGUUUAUCAAACAAAACGACUCCGCCCAAGAGUUACCCGCUGUACGAAAAGCUACUCCAAAGCGAUCUUACAGAGAAUUUCAGUACAAAUUUUAAAAACAUUUGUCAAAUAUUUUCUGAAGUUAUUGAGCCGUUUUGGCUAAGGCAUAGUUGAACUGCACCCGAUAUGAGUUUAUAGCACAUAAUUAUAGCAAUACGUUGGUUGAUCUUUACUAGUUUAUAUAGACAUUUGUUGUGAUUACUUCUAAAAUAAAAUCUAUAAUUCAACAAAAAUGUACUAGUCAAAACUUACAAACUUAUUAAAUGCUCGACAAUUGCAAAAACAUA